AUGCCUUCCUGGAAUGACGGGGAUACGAGCUCAGAGGAUGAGUGCGACAUCACAAGCAUGGACAUGGCUCUUUGGGAGACCCCUGACACCACCGUGGAGCCUCUUUUCUGUGGCCAGCUGGAGCUUUCUGAACCCACCUGCAUGAUGCACCACAUGAGGCCAAUUGAGCGUGUGGCAUUUGAAGGAACCUUAACUGGAAGGCGUUUCUAUGGUUGUCCAGUGCAGCAGAGUGAAGGUGUUAACUGUGGUGUUACUGAGUGGGUUGACAAGCCCUGGCAUCCAAUUCUUCAGAAUUUCUUGUCCAGGCUGUGGGACAUGUACCAUGAACAGAAUUGUGGCAGGGUAGUUGAUAAGCAGAAGUAUGAGAAGCAUUUGACCAAGCUUAAGACUGAAAAUGACAAGCUGUGCAUUGAGUACACAAAGCUUGUCCAAGAUGUAUCCAAGAUGUUUGAUUGGCAGGAUAGUAGGGUAGGCCACAUGGAUAACCAGAAGGCAGUUGAGGAGGAAGAAUUUGAGAAGAAGAAGAAAGAGGUAGAAGAGAGUGCUAGGUUGGAGGUUCAGAUGGAGAAGCUCAAACUUGCCAAGGAACAAAGGUGCAUUUUACAGAGUCAAGCUGACAUUAUCAAGAAUACCAGGAAGGCAAAGAAGGAGGUUGAACAGGAGAGAGAUUUGCUUAAGAUAGAGAAGGCCAAGCUUGAGCAUGUGGUGAAUGAGCUGCUGAGUGAUGGGCAUGCAAGCAAGGAGAAACUUGAGAAAAUCAAGGCCAUCCUUGAUUCAUGAAGUGUGUUCUGCAGAUGGUGAAGAUGGUGAAGUACAUCCAAGGCCUUUAUAAGUAUGUGGCCUAACAAUCUGAUGUGAAGAUAUGGGGUGUACAUUUUGGGGAAUGUGAAGCUAA